AUGACAAGAGAAGUGUGCAUUCCAUUCCCUGAAAGACGAAUGCCCCACGAACACCGUGAAGCUGAAAGUGCAGAAGCACCGAUGCAGCGUCCGAACCGUGUGCCCACCAGCAGCGACCUCCCAAAUGCGAUGUUGGCACGCGGCGCGGCCGCGUUGCGUGCCCAAGUCGCACUGCGGUGUCAGUGGAGUUGGGUGUCGAGCAUCUAUCGUCGCCAGCAAGCACGGCCACUCGUCUAG